AUGUCAAGCCUGCGGGGCUUGUACGGUAAGGGGGAGGAUCAUGGAUUGGAGGGCAAUUUUGGGGUUGAUUAUGUGAUUCACUACCGAGUGCCGCCUAAUGAGAAAGCCAAGGCAGAGGCCGCCUUUGUUCAGCUCAUUGAAGCUCUCACAAAUAUCGGCCUCACCACUGCCGUUCGCUGCGGUGACAAGGACUCCCUUCUUGUCUUCACCAGGCUUGCCUCAAAUGACUUGUUGGCCCGGCAGGUCUACAGCUCUCGCCUCCAGGACUGGCUGCAGGGUGUGCGCAUCUCCGGCCCCGGCAACGAUGUCACGCAGGCAAUCCGAGAUGAGCCCGUCACUGAGGCCGAGAGGCUGCGGCUAGUGUAUCUCUUGAUCACCGAGUCCCGAAAUGAUGGCGGUGCGGGCAUCACGCAAGGGCAUGGUCAGUGGAAGUACGUUGAAGCCAUCUUCCCGCUUCACAACAAUGCAUUCAACAAGGAGUGGCUGCACAAAUGGGGCAAGAAGUAUGUCCUGGAACAAUCCGAUUUGGACGAAAUUCGGGACAAGUUUGGCGAGGGCGUUGCCUUUUACUUUGCCUUUCUUAAGGAUUACUUCCGCUUCCAAAUAUUCCCGGCGGUAGUAGGCUUCUCUGCCUGGUUGCUGAUGGGACAAUUCUCUACCUUUUAUGCCAUCUGCAGCUGUCUCUGGUCCGUCGUCUUUUUCGAAUAUUGGAAGCGUAAGGAAACCGAUUUGGCCAUUACUUGGGGUGUCCGUGGCGUCUCAAAGAUACAGCAUCCACGACCUGAGUUUCAGUGGGACUUUGAAAUGGAGGACUCGGUUACGGGAGAGCCCGUCAAAGUCUACAAUCCUGCCAAGCGGCUGCAGACUCAGCUUCUUCAGAUACCCUUUGCGAUAGCUUGUGUCGUUGUACUUGGCGGGCUUGUGGCUACAGUUAACUCCCUGGAGAUUUUUAUCAAUGAAGUAUAUGCCGGCCCAGGAAAGAAGUAUCUGGGCUUCCUUCCAUCCAUCUUGCUGGCGACCUUGACACCAACCUUUUCGACCAUCCUCAUGUCUGCUGCCAAGAAAUUGACAGAAAAGGAAAACUAUGAUACCAUGGAUGCACACCACGCCGCUCUGGUUCAAAAACAGUUUGUACUCAACUUCAUGACUUCGUAUAUGGCGUUGACUUUUACUGCUUUUGUCUAUAUUCCCUUUGGCAACAUUCUACAACCGUUCCUUCACUUCUGGGGCAAGACGGCGCAGACUCUUACGAUGAGCGAGGUUCCCUUGACCAUGCGCGAGUUUGAGGCUAAUCCCCAGCGAAUUGCCAACCAAAUGUACUACACCACAGUCACGGCGCAAAUCAUCAAUACUCUUACUGAGGUCGUUGUACCCUACAUCAAGCACAAAGCUUCUGUCAAAGCAAAGGAGCUGUCGUCCAAAGACGCGGUAAAAUCCAACGAUCAGCCCGAAGAAGCCGAGUUCUUGAAACGUGUACGAAACCAAACCGGGCUGGAAGUCUACGAUGUUACUGCAGAUUAUCGUGAGAUGGUAAUGCAGUAUGGCUAUCUCUCCCUCUUUUCCGUUUCAUGGCCUCUUACGGCCUGCUUCUUCCUUCUCAACAACUGGGUCGAGCUGCGAUCCGACGCUUUGAAGAUUGUCAUUGGCUGUCGCAGACCCAUCCCGUGGCGAGCGGACUCCAUCGGACCGUGGUUGACGGCUCUGGGCUUCCUUUCAUGGCUCGGCAGCGUCACCAGCGCUGCAAUUGUCUAUCUCUGCAGCGGUGACAAGCAAGACGGCUCCGUAUCGUACAUUACUGCGGGCGGUGUUCUCCUCAGCAUCCUCCUAGCCGAACAUCUCUACUUUGCAGCUCAGCUCGCCGUCAGGUAUGUCAUGAGCAAGGUGGAGAGCCCUGGCCUCCAGAACGAGCGAAAGGAGCGCUUCCAAAUGAGGAAGAAGCUUCUGGAGGAGACGGUCGGCCACGUGGCGGAUGAGAAGGCCACACUCGCCGCUCCAGGGGUCGAAACGACGGAGCAAAUCACUAGACAAUCGUUAGAGGAGGAAGCCAGGCAGGCCUCGAUCCAUGGGCAUGGAUCCCCCGAAGAAUUGUUUUGGCAACGCCAGCGAGGCAUGCAGGACACAAUCUUGGUCGGGCGGAAAUUGAUCGAAGAGCAGUCUAGUGGCAAGUCCUGA